AUGUCUACUUUGUUUGUUACUGUGAUUAGACACUAUGAUGUUAACAAGGACUGUGUAGAUUAUGUAAAAAGCACCGAAAAAAUAUUAUAUGAUAUAGAUAACUGCGAGUAUAGAAAUAGUGUUAAAGCUGAUCUCAACCAUAAACGUAUUGUUUUAAUACCUAACGAAACUGGCGGCAGAGUCCAUCUAGUUUCAAUUCCCUUUGUUUUUCUCUUAGGUUUGGUUUGGGAUCAAAGUUAUUCGCCCUUUAAUAUCAACAUUCUGGACAAAGCUGGAAGGACUGCUUGCUUAGAGACAGCCGGUCGGAAUAACAAGUCUUCAGAUAGUUACUUUAUCUCUAAUAAAUCAGAAAUUUUACGUGAGCCUCACACAUUGAGAUGGACCGCUGGCGUCACGCUGGCUUCAAAAUCAAGCCAUACCGAUUCUAUUCGUAAGGAGGUUCUGUUCAUUCUUAAUAAGCUUACUGCUGAAAAUUUCGAACAACAGGGUGAUAAACUUCUUAGCUUAGAUAUCACUUCAGCUUCCCUUCAUGUCAUUGCUCAAUUAAUUUAUCAAAAAGCCAUCAAUGAACCAAAAUUUACCUCUUUGUACGCCCAAUUGUGUUUAAAAUUAUGCAGUAGUGUCCCUAAUUUUGAGUCAGGGGGUUCUCAAUCGGUAAAAAAUUAA